GCGAAAGUGCCACUGGAGAUAAUUGAUUACCUACCAAUCAAUGAUAACUUGUUAGUAAUCGUCAACUCUUUGGACCUCGCCAUUUUCAGGGAGGCAUCUCACUCCUGCGGACUUGCUGCUCCCGAGGAUCGACACUUUGAAGACAUCCCAUUCUGGAAUAAGAUUUUUUUUCUUCAUUCUCCUCCGAGUCUUUUGUUUUUUUUCCCCCACCUCCCAACUGUUAUGUGACUUUUUCCCCUUCGAUAGUCUCGCUCGUUUUUAAACCCGCUUGAUUAUUUCUUUUUUCAACGAAGUCCUUUUUACAACCAAUGAUGACAUCCAAAGAAGUGGCCAAAUGUGAUGCAGUGGAGAACAGGAGGCGAAGUCCGCUGGACCACUUGCCGCCUCCUGCCAACUCCAACAAGCCGCUGACCCCCUUCAGCAUCGAGGACAUCCUGAACAAGCCCUCUGUGAAACGAAGUUACACCAUUUGCGGCACAGCUCAUCUCAUUUCGUCCUCUGAGAAGCACCGUCCGUCCAGCAUCCCUCUGUCCAGCCGGGCUCUGCUCAACCAGACCUCCCCCCUCUGCGCGCUGGAGGAGCUGGCCAGCAAGACCUUCAAAGGGCUGGAAGUCAGCGUUUUACAGGCUGCAGAAGGCCGGGACGGGAUGACUCUGUUCGGAACGAGAAGCACCCCGAAGAAGCGCCGGAAGUCUCGGACGGCGUUCACCAAUCACCAAAUCUAUGAGCUGGAGAAGCGCUUCCUGUACCAGAAGUACCUGAGCCCGGCCGACCGGGACCAGAUCGCGCAGCAGCUGGGCCUGACGAACGCGCAAGUCAUCACGUGGUUUCAGAACCGCAGGGCCAAGCUAAAACGGGACCUGGAGGAGAUGAAGGCCGACGUGGAGUCGGCAAAGGCCACCGGCAAUGUCCCUUUGGAAAAGCUCGCCAAGCUGGCGGACCUUGAGAAAUGCGCCAACGGCACGCUGGGGCACCCGCGACCAAAUUCCCCCGCGCGGGUCGGCCAGCAGGAGCUCGAGCUCGCUCGGAAACUGCGGAACUCGCCGCUGUCUCCGUUUUCAGACCACACAACUAGUAAAGAGUGCUCAGAGGACGAGGACGUGGAGAUUGAUGUGGAUGACUGAUGGCACAGCGUGGGGCUGGAAGGUCGAGAAACACAAAAAGACGAUGAAAAAUCCUCCGGAGGACUUGUAACUUACUGCUUAUAUUGUAUACCAUAUCUCAGAACAUGUACCAAAAUGUAAUGACUUUUAUAUCGACACAGAUAGACCUAUUCAUAGUGAAGCAUGAACACAACACGAAAUAUGCAGUGGUAUUUUACUAUGUAUUCAUUAGCAACCUCUUUCUUCUUGCAAGCAAAGCAAUAUGGUCUAAAAGUAACUUGUAAUUGUUUUACACUAUAGGCCAACACACACACGCACACACACACACACACACACACACACACACACACACACACAGAACACACACACACACACACACACACACACACACACACACACACCUGUUUCCAUCGCUUUUCAAGGUCUAUACCCUCACACACCACAAUGAAAGUGCUCCAGUUUUUCAUAUUGUUUGCAUGGAAAUGCAUGAUUUGAUUUGUGAUCAUUAUAUAUUUAUUUUUACUUUAUUAUUUUCAUUUUUUAUUUAAUAGUUGCUGGUGUUUUUCUGUGAGCCAAAUCGCCAUUGUGUCACUUUGUCACUGCCGGCUCCUCCUCAUCAUCAUCUGACCCCCCCCCCCCCCCCCCCCUUUGACUUCAGCUCAUGUUUGGCGUCCCGAUGCUGCUGUGCAUGAUGAUAAAGAUGAUGAAGAUGAUGAUCGGAAAACCCGGACAUUUGUGCGAUUUAUGGGAAUGCUCACGCGACGGCGAGGAAGAAAAAUGAAUAUUGCGGUGAUUUUGAAAAGCUAUAGGCUACUUUUUAGAUUUAUUGUUUGGAUACAAUAGAUUUACAGUUAUAAAUAUUUGUUAUGUUUUGUACACCUGUAAGUGCCUUUCUAAAAUCAGGACAUCAUUUGAAAAACCAAUGCACAGACUGUAAUGUAUAUAGGCUACUAUGGGAAUAAAAUGGCUUUUCUGAA